CGAUUCAUACAGUUGAGAAUUUGAGAUCUGCUCUUCGACUGAUUAGGGCCAUCCCCUUCCCCAUUCUCCUCGCCAAGAUGAUGAUUUGGAACAGAUAAUGCUUCGACAUGGCUUGCGGACGGUCGACGGAGGUCUGCGACGCUCACUCGUCGACCUAACAGCUUCCUCUUCCCCAUCCCCUCCGUCAUAUAUUCGGAGCGUAUUCAGCGCUGCAUCACAAACCGGAUCCUCAGUGCAUCAAAGUUUGCUCCCCAUCUCAUCCCUAAAGGGUUCCAAAUGGUGUUAUAAAUAUCCCAAUGCACCUUUGGGCAUCUCCAACUCUUUCCGUCUCCUCUCAGUCUCCCCGUUCAGCCAAAUCAGUCCUCCACGCGCUGCGUCAUUCACAACAUGGAACCGUGGACUCCCCAUUUCGACCAGCCCACACAUAAGGUUUGCAAAGGGAAGACAAAAGAGCUCGACAAGCCAUGAACCGAGCAAUCCAUCGCAUUCCGGUACUCCAAAAGCGGACCCGUCCCCGUCAUCGCAGGGCAGCCCUAAGUCCACAGUCGAUUCCACACCGACUUCAAAACCGCUAUUCGAGCGAAUACCUCACCUCCCUCAUAAACUCCAUACCCCAACGAAAGAGGAGCUUCUGGCAGCCGCUACAGGGUUCUGGUCGCGCUUCAAGAUUCGCUUCAAAUGGUUUUCGAUCAAGAGCGCCAGACCGUUUAAUAUCGACGAGAUCAGUGGAUUCCUGUCAUGGAUUCUCGUGGGGCAUUUCUUGUGGAUUCUGAUUGGAACGACCACAUUUUUCUCUCUCCUGAUCUUCAUGGUCAACACCAUGUUUGCGCAGGAGACACUGGCGAAAUGGGUUGGGAACUACCUGACGCACUCCUCUGGCGUGAAGGUGGUGUUCGAGUCCGCAAUCGUACCAAAAUGGAAUGACGGGGUCAUCUCUUUCAAGAAAGUCUUCGUGUCGCGACGCCCAGGACAAGGGAGGUCGAAAGUGACGAAAGGAUCCCAGGACUCCGCUGUGGCUGCAGCUGCUGCGUUGGCGGAGCGGGCCAGCGGAGCCGCCCAGCAAGAGGAAGAAGACACCAAUUAUACCCAGUUCGACCUUUCGAUCGACACGGUUAACGUCACGCUAUCCUUUGCGAAAUGGAUGAACGGGAAAGGCCUGUUGAAAGACGUAGAGAUGCACGGGAUCCGUGGCGUGGUUGAUCGAACGCCCGUUCAUGCGCUGGAAGAAUAUGUCGAUCCACGAUCGUACAAGCAUGAGCACAAUACCGGCGAUUUCGAGCUGGAUUCGUUCAAAAUGGAGGAUCUUCUAGUCACGGUCUACCAACCCGGGGGUUUCCGGCCGUUCGCGGUCAGCAUCUAUUCAUGCGACUGCCCGCGCCUCCGGAAACAGUGGCUCUUCUAUGAUUUUCUGUCCGCUAAUACAAUCCACGGAUCCUUCGAUAACUCCCUCUUCACCAUUCACCCUCGACAGACGCACAAUUAUACCGGAGCUCAGCUUAACCAGGGACGAGAGCUUGAUGGAGAGUCGCCCUGGAAGAAGCAUAGCCGCAUCAGAAUCGAUGGUCUAAAUAUCGAUCACCUUAAUCGUGGUGUCGAAGGACCCUUCUCAUGGAUCCACGAAGGCAACGUCGAUAUCGUAGCCGACAUCAUGUUUCCUGCCGACGACGAUGGCAGCAUCACCAAGGUAAUGUCGGACUUCUACGACCGCAUGGAGGCAACGGUCACGUCGAACGGCCAGGGCAAUACCUCCGACGAUAUCGACAACGAGGCGGCCAACAACCACCCCCUCAUCGAAAACGAGGACCCCCAACGCCCGGAGCGGUUCAUGGUGAUCGAUCUGCGGAUCCACCUCAACGACGUCCGCGCCGCCGUGCCGUUGUUCACCAAGGAAAUCUCCUAUGUGAACAACGCGCUCGUCCGGCCCAUCGUCGCGUACAUCAACUCCCAGAAAACUUUCAUCCCGAUCAAUUGCCGAGUAGUCAAGCGCGCCGACGAGUUCGACGGCAGUUGGACGAUCUUCGACAGUGGGUUGAUGGAUGACUUGUCUCAAGAGACCUACACAGCCUUUGUUCGGAACAUCACCGACGAUGACGACGCCCGUCGGCGACGCUUCCGCAAAGUUGGCAUUUGGACAUUGCAGCUGGCCGCGCAAGCGUUGUUCAUCGGGCUUGCGGGACAUAUUGCAUGAAUACACCUUUAAAUCUGCCUUCGGCCUCCUGCAUCGCCUUUACAUGCAUAGGGCCAGGCAAAAUUCGUUUGUGCUUAGCGUUUGGAGUUCGGAUACAGUGGCUUUAGGUUCGGGUGGGCUUCGGAGUACGAUGUCAGUAGCUAUGCCUCGCUGGCCUCCGGAGGAGGGAAUUGGAAGAAGCCUUUUCAUGUAUCUCCGCUGUAUGUAUAUGUAUGAUAAUCCUGCGCUUGCUUUUUGGCCCUAGGGGAUGAGCUCGAUCCGUCCCUGGAUCACCGAUGUUAUUUCAACCCCCUCCGCGUCGUAGACUGCAUAGCAGGGCACCAGUUUUGCGGAUUUAUGCCAUAGGCUAACAGAGCUCAAAGUCGCCCCG